AUGACCUAUUCCAAUUCCAACUCUCACUUCUCAAGAUUCUCGAGCCAUCGAAGCACCUCAUCAUCAAGAACCAAACAAGGGUUUCUCGCAUCCGUCCAAGAGAGUAUGAACCAUGCUCUCUUGGCUCGUUCUCUCGCUUUCAAUCUUACUCUUUCUCAUCGUACCGCGCAAACCCACAUAAUCGAUCCGGUCCACGACUGCCUCGAGCUACUCGACGAUACACUUGAAAUGCUGUCUCACAUUACAAAAAUGCGAGACAACAUGUCAAGUAACGAUGAAGAAGAUGUUCAUACAUGGCUAAGUGCAACACUCACGAACCAAGAUACUUGUGAGCAGAGCCUUCAAGAGAAAUCAAACUCUUACAAAAACGGUUUCACGAUGGAUUUCGCCGCAAGAAACCUCUCCGGUUUGUUGACAAACUCGCUUAAGUUGUUCGUAUCCGUGAGGUCAAAACGCCGGAAUCUCUUGUCGGAUCGUCACGAGUCUUUUCCGAGGUUUGUUCCUUCGUCGGAGGAACGGAGGCUUCUAGAAGCUUCGGUGGAAGACCUCAAGGUUGAUGCGGUGGUGGCUUUAGACGGAAGUGGGACUCACAAAACCGUAGGAGAAGCUUUGUUGGCUGCGUCAUUAGCGAGUAGUGGUGGCAGAACCGUAAUUCACUUGAAAGCUGGGACCCAUAAUGAGAUCAUCAGGAUUCCGACGAAGCAGAAGAACGUUAUGUUAGUUGGUGACGGGAAGGGCAAAACGAUCAUUGUGGGUAGUAGGAGUAAUAGAGGUGGCUACAGUACUUACCAAACAGCCACCGUCGCCGCCAUGGGAGAGGGAUUCAUAGCCCGGGACAUAACCUUCGUGAACAACGCCGGACCCAAAUCGGAGCAAGCGGUGGCUCUCCGUGUCGGAGCAGAUAAAUCCGUCGUGUAUCGUUGCUCCGUCGAAGGAUACCAAGACUCACUCUACACACACUCAAAACGACAAUUCUACAGAGAAACAGACAUCACCGGAACCGUCGAUUUUAUCUUCGGUGACUCCACCGUCGUUUUCCAAUCCUGCAACAUCGUCGCCAGAAAACCCUUACCGGGUCAGAAAAACUUCGUGACGGCUCAAGGUCGGAUCAGCUCCGAUCAGAACACCGGAAUCUCGAUUAUAAACUGUAAAAUCACGGCGGAGACGAUGACGUAUCUUGGUCGGCCGUGGAAAGCUUAUUCGAGGACGGUGGUGAUGCAGUCGUAUCUCGGCGGGAUGAUUCAUCCGUCGGGUUGGUCUCCUUGGUCGGGUGAGUUUGGUCUGAAAACUCUGUUUUACGGAGAGUUUAAGAAUUCGGGUCCUGGGUCAUCGGUUUCGGGUCGGGUUAAAUGGGCCGGGUAUCAUCCGUCUUUAACGGUGACGGAAGCGGAAAAGUUUACCGUGGCGAGUUUUAUUAACGGGGAUAUGUGGUUGCCGUCAACGGGCGUUAGUUUCGACUCUGGACUUGUGAAGUGA